AUGUCUUCAACGAAUGACUAUACUACUGCCACAGACUUGACUUUGCAGCAAGCUCUCGAUGCUCAAACAGACAUGGAUAAACUUACAAAAUGUGCCAUGGAUAUGCGAAAUACACGCAUCGAUCCUUGUGAAAGUACAUCGGAUAUACCACCAAUAUUCGUCAUUAUCUUAGUCCAUAAUAAUCAGAAUUAUGAUGCCUAUGUGAAUACUCGUGUUACUGUUGGUGAUAUCUUUCGUCAAAUGGUUCAACUAAAGCUUCUUCAAGCAGCAGAUGCUGAAACGUAUUAUUUCAUGAUCGAAGAGAAAACUCAAGUAUCACUCGAUCUACCUCAAACUUUAGUCAAUGCAACUGAUGGCUCUCGUUUUCUGAUCCAACCCAAACCGACAUCAUUAGUUCCGACAGAAACAAUUUUCAUUAAAACGAUGACUGGGAAGGUAAUAGACAUUAAGGUCUGUUUGAAAACAGAUGCUAUCGCUAUGGUCAAGGAACGCAUACAAACCAAAGAAGGAAUUCCAUCAGAUCAGCAGCAACUUAUUUUCAACGGUAAACAACUCGAAGAUAAUCGCACCUUGGCAGAUUAUAGUAUUGUAAGUGAAAGUUAUAUGUACUUGGUCUUACGAUUGCGUAAACCGGUCAUUCGAAUGAGAUCGAUCAAUAAUCAAGUAAUUCGUCAUGUUAAUGUCUCUGUUGAGCUUGAUCCAAACGUGUGGAUCUUCUCAAGUCUGUAUCCGAAACCAUCAGUCACGGAUAGCAGAAAUUAUAUUCAAUGGAAUAAUAUGAAUGUCCAUCCAGAUGGAAGAAUUAUUUUCGAAAAAAACGAGGAAGACAGACGACUACGCAGUCGAUUCUAUCCAUCCGUUGAUGAUGAAACGGAAUAUCGAAUGCUGUUUUGGGAAGCUCUGACACUCACUUCAUCGCCUAACUUCCUUCAAGAGAAGAAUCUUUGUGUUCCACGUCAUGAAUUCAGUAGAAUCUUGAAUUAUCUUCUGAAGAAAAUGACUUUAUCAACGGAAGAUCGGGAUGAUUUGAUAACCUAUGUACUUCCUCAACUGGAUGAAAUUGAUCCAGAAUGUAAACGAGGCAAAGUCGUCUUUCAUUUUGUGUCUCCUAGCAUAUAUUCACAGUCGGUGCAGUUAUCAAUUCGUCCUUUACCUCAACAAUUAUUGCGCAUUUUUCUUGUUUUCGGUUUCGGAAACGAAAAUGACGAAAUCUCUACGUUAAAUCAGUUGGAAAGCGAAAUUGAAAAAGUCUCUAUGAUCGAAAGCUUAUCAAAUAGUGGAUUAAUCGUACAUGAAUGGGGUUCGAUGUUUAUCUAUUGA